CGCUCCCCGCCCCAGCACAGUCUGUUCACAGCGGGCACUUUCAGUUUUGUUUCUUUGUCUGCAAGAAACGAAACUCACCGGGAGCCCGAAACUCACAGGAGGAGAGGCCGGGGGGCUGAGGCAGAGCAGGAGAGGCUCAUCCCAGAGGUGACCGCAAGAAAAGCGUGGCCGCUGCCCACCUGGCCGUCCAUCCGUCAGUCUGUGAGACCCACUGCCUGCUGAUCCAUCCCCAGCCCGAGGCAGGGAGCCCGUCCCACAGGUGAAGAUGGACGACCAUGAGCCCCACCAGCAGGCCACGGAAUACUUGGAGCGCCCCAUGGAGCAUGGAUUCCACGAGCUGGCUGGGCACCUCAGCGCCCUGGGCCUACAUGAGCCCCACGGUGCCAGCUGCAGGGAGCUGUGCCCAGACUGCGGCCAGCCCAUUGGGCUCCGGGUGUGUCGGAGAGAACAGGCCCGGCUCAGCACAGGGACGAGAAUUUCACCUCCUGAACAUGACAUCUACUGUCGUUAUUGCAACCAGGCGAUCCCAGGAAAUAAGGACUUCGGCCGGAUGGAUAAGCGUCAUCUGGUCCCAGAGCUUGAGAAAUGCUUUCCAGUUGGGAAGCCAGGAAUACCUCCUGCUCCCCUCCCCAGUCACACCGCUCAAGAGCAGACCUCCAAGGCAGAAAAGGAUGUCCGUCCGAAAAUCAAAAAGAGAAACAGGUGUCCUCUUCCUUCUCAAAAUUCAACAAAGCAAGCAGCAAGAGGUGCAAACAGAACCACGACCCUGCCUUUGCCUCUGAGGUUGGGGCACCACGACCCCAGGCUCACCUUCCCCGCAGAAGACGAGGCGGCCUAUAGCACUCUGGGAGGGUGUUCUUGCUGUGGCAUCCUGCUCCCCCAGCCCAUCCUAAGUCAACACCAGGAGAGAUGCUGGUGGCUAGCAUCGUCCAGAGGAACGCACAGGACCGGCUCCGGCUGACCUGGGCCAGGACAGAAGCCUGCGCUCCUCACCGUCUGCCUGCAGGCUCUCCGGGCCAUCUUUCCUUGAGAGAAGACACUGGGUUUCUGCUUUGGGUUCUUCCGUAUAGAAGACAAGGUUAUGGGCAACCCCGGUGGCGCAGUGGUUUAGUGCCGCCUGCAGCCCAGGGCCUGAUCCUGGAGUCCCGCGAUCGAGUCCCACGUUGGGUUCUCUGCAUGGAGCCUGCUUCUCCCUCUGCCUGUGUCUCUGCCUCUCUCUCUCUCUCUCUGCAUCUCUAUGAAUAAAUAAAUAAAAUCUUAAAAAAAAAAAAAAAA